AUGACGGCCAUCGAGAGUAAAGAGGAGAUCAGUGACACCGACAGUGGGAUAAUCCUGCACUCUGGUCCAGACAGCCCCACGUCCCCGGGGAAGGACCCGACCACUCACACCAGAGCCCUGAAGCUGAAGCACCAGUCUCUGGAGGAGAGUCUGGAGCUGUGCCUGCUGGAGCUGAGGACGCUCUGCAGAAGAGAGGCAGAGCUGACUGGUUCACUUCCCUCUGACUAUCCUCUGAUGCCAGAUGAGAAGCUCCCUCGGAUCCGAAGGAGGAUUGGAGCUUCCUUCAAGCUGGAUGAAGGUCUCAUCCAUCUGGAUAAACAGGAUUCAGAGCUGCAUCUGCUGGAAACUGACUUGGCUCUACAGCAGCAGAUUUAUGAGGCGGCUCGCAAACUCUCACUGGAGGAGAAACUCAGCAAACCGCAGAAGAAGAGCCGGCUGCAGCAGUGCAAGAGGGAGGAGAAGAAAGUGAAAGACCUGAAGGAGGCCGUGCUCCAGUCCAGGAUCAGGAGCGAGUGCAACUCACCGUGCAUCAGCAUCGCAACCAGUCGAAACAAAGAUGUGUGCAUGUCUGAUGACAGCUCCCUGUCUGAUGUGGUGGCUCUGGAUGAAGACUUGGACUCGUCCAGCUCCAUCUCUCCUCCUGUGUUGGGCACCUCCUAUCCCGACCCCCUCCAGCUGUCAGCCAAGUCCCUGCAGUCAUCAGGCCAGCUCAGUGUGGAGUAUGAGCGCUCUCCCAUCCAGAACUCUCCGUGGAAGGAGACCAGUCUGGACCAGCCGUACCAGAAGGCGACACAAGCUCAGUCCACGUGCAGCAGCAGGUCCAGUAGUCCAGCACCACCCCCGGUAUCAACAGAGAGCUGCAGGAUUCCUCUGUCUCAGUUCAUCAAGAACUCGGCCCUGCGCCACAACAACUCCACCAGCGCCCCCUCCACCCCCGAGCUGCACAUACGUCGCCAAUACACCCAGUCCUUCAGACUCGCCAAAAACAAGCCGCCUGCUGAGCCGGAGCGCCUCGGCUCAAACAGCCGAGGACGAGCCAAGCUUCCCCAGCUGCGCUGCCUGGCCGACCUGAUGGUGCGUUCUCCAGAGUACUCCCCCCUGCGCCUGUGCCAGUCCAGCUCUGAGGACAGCAGCUCGGAGCACUCGUCCUCCUCCUACAUCAGCUCUCCUGGCAUGGAGGGCCCGACUGAGAUGCCAAAGCUCUGCCCGCCGCCUUACGGGUUCCACUUCGGAGCGCAGAAAAAAACACCCUCCAGCUUCCCGGGCUCCCACAAGAACAACAUCCAGUCCAGCUGUGUCAAGGCCAUGGCAGAAGACGGCCCCCUGUCCCCUCAGGACCUGGCCACGGGGAAGUGCUUCUUCUCCACUCCCCCUGUGACGCGCCGUCCUCUGCAAAGACAGUGUCAAGACGGAGCGUCGUCCCCAAGGAGAAUCCUGAAGCCCCCUCCGCCUUACACCAGGCUGGUGCGGGCGCCCUCUCUGAAGGAGUACCCCAACCACGCCAUCAGGCUGAUGCCCAGGGAGAUUGUGUCGGAGGAGCUGAGAUCGUGGCAUCAGAGGAAUCAGCUGCAGAAGUUAUGGCCGGACAGCUUGGAUCAGCAGAGCUCCACCUUACCUCACCUGCAUCCAUUUAAACAGGGCUCGGGUAAUGUGAUUCUCCAGAGAGCUGCAGACGGGACUCCGCUCCAGUGGUUUGUGGCCGAGGACGCUGAAAUCGUGAGCCAGGUGUAGCUGAGGCCUCUGCAGCCUCUUCAGUAGGAUGUACUUUGUGCUACUCGUUUUUUAUUUAUCUCUGUAUUUAUUACGUCUUUGGACUCUCUGUGAGAUUUAAUGUUGACAUGAUGCA